AUGGGAGGACUACUCAAAACAACAUCACGUUCAGAAUCGGAGAACAAUUAUUUCGACAAAUUCACCAAUCACCACUGCAGCCUAGUCGAGUUUAUAAUGCAAUACAACCGCGCCAUAGAAGAACAGAGGCAUAACCAAGCAAAGUUGAACGCAGACUGUGAAGGUUCAACCCCUGAACCGAAGACCCCGUUGGGCAUGGAACGCCAAGCAGCGGCACUGUACACCAUCAACAUAUUCUACGAGUUCCAAAAAGAAAUAUGGGCCGGAAGUUUCACAUGCAAAAUCACCAACAAGACGCUUGAGGACGAGAACCGGAGGUACAUUGUACAUGAAACGGGUGCGAAACUGUUCGAGGUAACACACCAAGAAGCUACCCAUAAAACAGAAUGCAGUUGCAACAAAUUCAACAGAGUAGGAAUCUUAUGUAAGCAUGUGUUGGCAAUUUUCAAGGACGAAGGCAUCGAAGAAAUACCAGGACACUAUAUUGUUCCCCGAUGGACAAGAGACGCAUCUGCACGGCCAAUGUAUGAUAUUGUGUUGAAAGGUAGCCCUAAUACGCAAGGGGGGAAUGAACUCAAAUCAAUUGCGAACCAACUCUGGAAUGAAUUCUACAACUGCUUAGGAUUGGAAAAUGGAAGUGAACGAAAUGGCUCUAAUGACAACAAUGCAGCAGCUAAAUGGGAAGUUAAAGAGCGCUAA